AAAGAAGCAAUACUGCGUGUUCACACAGGGAAAUUUAAUUAGCUUUGAGUGUCUGCUACAGCUUCACAAUUGCAGUUUUCUUUCAUUUGAAGUGAUUUCAAAUGCCAGCUUUAGGUUACCUGUCAAGGUUGUGUAAGCCUAUCUUGUUUCCUCUGUACAUCCUCUUUUAACUAAUAUUUAUUUGAUGGUUGAUGAGGCUAGAGCUCAUUUCUCUGCCUUUGUGAAUGUAAGUUGUAUAGUUCUUGUGGCUUCCUGUUUAAAUGUGUUGGUUUCUAACUCUGCAAACCUGUUGUGAGAGGACAGAAUAAGUUGAUGGGAUCCCCAUCCCAUGUGCCAAUCCUUUUGGUGUAAUAACUUCCUAUGCAAGUGGGAUUUUUAAAUUUAAUAUGUGGGUUUUCAUAAGAUCAGAUGAAAUCUUAAUAUUAUUUCCUGUCUUUAUACAGGACGCGAGGAGCAUAUUUGAGAGAUGUGAGGAGGCGGAAGCCCAAGGGUCGAGUCAGGUCUCCAUUGAGCUGGAAAAGAAUUUCUACAGUUUCCCAAGGCAGUACUUUGUCCUGCGCAAAAUUAUUAAGAGCCUCACAGGAGAUUUGACCCUCGACCCGGAAACAGCUCACCCCAACUUAGUGAUCUCUGAGGACCGCAAGAGCGUCAAGUUUGUGGAGCAGCGCUUGCGAGAUCUGCCCGAUAGCCCGAAACGUUUUACCAUCUAUCCUUGUGUGCUGGCCACAGUAGGUUUUACUUCAGGACGUCACUACUGGGAGGUAGAGGUGGGGGAAAAGACUCACUGGGCCCUGGGGGUUUGUAAGAACUCAGUAAGCCGUAAGGGGGAGACAACCUCUCUCCCGGAGACUGGCUAUUGGCGGGUACGGCUCUUCAAUGGAGACAAAUACGCAGCUACCACAACCCCGUUCACUCCGCUGCACAUUGCUGUCAAGCCUAAGCGAGUAGGCGUCUUCCUGGACUACGAGGCAGGCAAGCUCUCCUUCUACAAUGUGACGGACCGUUCCCACAUGUAUACCUUCACCGACAUCUUCACCGAGAAACUUUGGCCUUUCUUCUACCCAGGAAUCCGGGCUGGGCGCAAGAAUGCAGCCCCACUAAUCCUCCGUCCGCCCACGGACUGGGAAUAACAAAAUGGCCCUGAUCCCCAUCUUCCUUUGCUACGCUUAGCCCUUGAAUUGUGUAGAGAGAGUUUUCCCAGCUCAGCUUCUCUAUGGGAAAGAGAGCCAGCAGCAGUGGUCUGCCUACUAAGCAGUGCAGUCCCCAGCCAGAAGCGAAGCAUCGCAGAAGGGAAGGGUUUUCACGCCUAGUGUUUAAUGUUGGGCUUUUAAGCCUUUUCAAGGCGACGUUACACUAGGAAAGGUUUGGAGAAGGCAAACCUUUGUUAAGGUUUAAAGCAAAGACCUUGUCCUUUUCUGUAAUCUGCAACUUCCGUUUCUGAGAUAUUGGGUUGCAGGUAAAUCUGGGGGAAGAACACCUGUUAAGCUUAGUCUAGUGUUUGGCAACGGGCCAUAUAGGAUUGCAUUGGCAGUGGGCAAAGCUGGUCAAAUGUGGGAAAGGCAGCCGUUUUCUGUGCACUGUAGAGGGAGGGGAAUCUCCCUUGGAAGGGGUUACAAACAUGCUUAAACGUUGCUUGUAUAAAUGGUGGAAAUUAUUUCUCGACAGCCUGUUUUUACCGGCAGGUCGAGUGGAUGCAGGAUAGGAGGAAACUGUAGUGCAUAGUUGAGAAUGCUAUAAACCAAGGAAGCUAAGGAAACCAUUCUCUCCAAGCUGAUUGUUCAAAGCCACCAAGGAUCGCUGAAGCUUUACUGUUGACUUGUGGCUGCAACCAAGUGGCAGAGGUGGGCUCCGACAGAAAAAGUAUUGAGUCAAUCAUGAUAUUGAUUUAGCUACCGAAGGAAUUGCUUUCCGGCGGUAUCAUUUGGCGGGGUGUCUUAUGAGUCGAAAUGCAUUUGUGAUUGCAUCAGAAGGGCUAGUGCACAAUAUCUCCCAGCUCAUAGAUUUUGGCCUGUGGCAUUUCAGCUGUGUAUCCUCAGAUGCUUGUAGACUCCCUCAGAGAUAAGUUGAGUGUUGGGCAUCUGGAUGGUGAGACAAAUAGCUUAUGGCAUUUGCCUAGUCAGGGAAACUUCAAAUUCAAAAAGAAAAACAGGGGUCAGAAAUACAGUCGCUUUCAAUGGAAUUUGAAUGUCUUCCAGUACUUCACCACAAAUGUAAUCUCCUGUCCUGGGCUUUCUUUAGUAUAAAUGAAUGCCCAUUGACAGGUACCGCUGAGCCAAAAUAGGCACAGGAGCACAUUUUCAGUAUAAAACUGACCACCGACCUUCUCUCCCACUAUUCAAAAGCAUCUCUCUCCUGGAGAUGGGCAUUGGACAAAAGCCAAAAGCUGUUUGCACAUUCAGAAUCCAGGUAGAUUGGUUUGACUGUGCAGUGAUGUGCCAUGGCUCUGCUAGCUACAGGAUCUGUGUCCCUCUCAAAUAAUCUUGGCUAAUCUAUUGCUCUCUUAUGUUUGUUAGGGGACAGCUUAUACCAGGGGUGUCAAACUCGAUUUAAUUGAGGGCUGCAUCGGGGUUAGGUUUGACCUCGGGGGGUCGGGGGUGGACGUGGCCAGGGUGGACGUGGCCAGAUUGAAAUCACUCGUGUCGGGGGCGCCUGUGGCCCGAGUGCUCGAUCAGUGAAAAUGGGUUCCCGAGCUUUGUUUUUGGCUGGGAUGGCCUCUUGCAGCCCUCUGCUAGAGAAAAUGGAGCGCCCUGAGCUCUGUUUUUGCUGGCAGAGGGCUGCAGGAGGCCGUCUUGGCCACAAUCAGAGCUCGGGAGAGCCGUGUGUGUCUCUCCUGAACUCUAUUUUCACCGGCAGAGGCACUGCAGGCCAGAUUUUUGCUGUUUCCAGGGUGGCCCCCUGGGCCAGAUCUAAGCACCCCCUGGGCUGGAUCCAGCCCCUAGGCCUUGAGUUUGAUACCCCUGGCUUAUAACUUGACCAAUGGUUGUACAUCGUGGAAACUUUAAUCCUAAUGUGCCCAGUAGCAUCAGUGAAAGGCUAUCUAUCUUUGAAAGAAAGCCUGCCUUGCUUUGUAUUAGUAUCUGGGCAAAAUGUUAAAAUACAGACAGAAAAAGAUAACAGCAAAUACGUGGUUAAACAGCAUGCAAAAUAAUAAAGUGGGAGAUACUAUGUGCCUGUGUGUGUACGUAAUUCUCUUCCCUGCUCCUUUGACCAAAAAAACAAACUAAAAACCCCCUAACAAAAAUACAGCCUUUUUGACAAUGGAACCUCAGCUGCCUUCAUUUUAGCCUCCAAGGUUUUGUUCUGGAUU